AUGAAGAGAUGCCAUGCAGGAGAGAGGAGAAGUGUCCCAGAGGGCAAGCAGGUUUGCUGCUACCAAUGUGCCCCUUGUUCAGAAGGGACCAUUUCUGAUCAAACAGAUGCAGCUGAAUGUGAUCCUUGCCCAGAAGACCAAUACCCCAACAAGGAUAAGGUUCACUGCAUUGCCAAGAAGAUCCACUUCCUUUCCUAUCAUGACCCCCUGGGAUAUGCUUUAGUUUCUCUAGCUCUUUUUUUUUCUUUGCUCACAACUGCUGUCCUGGUGAUUUUCUGUAAGCAUCAUGAUACACCAAUUGUCAAGGCCAACAACCGAAAUAUCACCUACAUCCUCCUGAUUUCCCUCCUGCUCUGCUUCCUCUGCUCCUUCCUCUUCAUUGGAAAACCCAGGAAGCUCACCUGUCUCUUCCAACAAACUGCCUUUGCCAUUAUUUUUUCCCUUGCAGUUUCCUCUGUGUUGGCAAAAACUGUCAUGGUGGUUCUGGCCUUCAUGGCAACCAAGCCAGGGAACGGGACAAGAAAACUCUUAGGAAAACCAUUGACCAUCUUCAUUGUCAUAGCCUGUCCCCUGAUCCAAGCAGUUCUUUGUGCCACCUGGCUUGUAACCUCUCCCCCAUUUCCCAACAUGGACUUCCACUCCUUGGUUGGACAGACAAUCUUGGAAUGCAAGGAAGGCUCAGCUUUAAUGUUCUACAUUGUCCUUGCCUACCUUGGUUUCCUGGCUCUGAUGAGUUUCACAGUGGCCUUUAUGGCCAGGAAAUUGCCUGAUAGCUUUAAUGAAGCCAAGUUCAUUACUUUUAGCAUGCUGGUCUUUUGCAGUGUUUGGAUCACCUUUCUCCCCACAUACCUGAGCACCAAAGGGAAGUCCAUGGUGGCUGUGGAGAUCUUCUCUAUCUUGGCCUCUGGGGCUGGUCUCUUGGCUUGUAUCUUCUUCCCCAAAUGCUACAUUAUCCUAUUGAGGCCCGAUCUGAAUCGUAAAGAGAAUAUAAUGAGGCAGAAGAAUUACUGA